GAAAUAACGGUCACUGACCUGCAAGCGGGCCCUGGCCCUCGGGACCCCCGAGCCCCACCCGGCUCAGGGACGACGCGACGCACCGAUGGAGUUUACAAUUACAAAAACAUGGGAUAGUUCACCAGUCUCUCACAAAGGGAUUACCCUGACACUCAAACCAGAUGAUGAAGGAAUACUAAUGGAGGUAAAUGCCCCUUUCUUCAAUGAUCCUCUGUCCCCAGAUGGUCCAAGAGGAAAACCUUACAAUCAGUUAUGGAAUUAUGAAGUUGUGGAAGCAUUUUUCUUGAAUAGUUGCAAAGAACUAUACCUCGAAGUGGAACUCUGUCCACAUGGACAACAUUUUGUACUAUUACUUGCUGGUAGACGGAAAGUAUGGAAGAAAGAAUUGGAUUUAGAAUAUGACUCUACAAUUCAUGAUCAAAAUUGGGAAGGCAAAGCACUUCUUCCUUGGAGUUAUUUCCCUGACGGUGUUAACAAGUUCAAUGCUUAUGCAAUUCAUGGCUCUGGUGAUAAAAGAGUUUAUGAGGCUCUGUAUCCCAUACCUAAAGAGCAGGUAAACAAGGGACAACAGCCUAACUUGGGCACAUUGAUGAUGUUGAUCCUCAGACAGUUGGGAUGCCAUGGCGUACUAUGUGAUCACGUUUGAUUUUUCCACUUCUCCCUGAUGUUUUUGAUUUUUGUGCCAUUGGUGCUAAGUUGCUGAUUGACUAGGACCAAAGAAACUACGUCACUCAUGAGAGAUACUUGAUAAAAUAUCUUGCUGAAUUCCAGAAUUCUCUCUGCAUUUUUUUUGUUGCAUAACAUGAUGAUGUACAUUUAUAAUUUUCAUAUGUAUUCAAUAUUAUGCUACUAAUAUAACAAGAAAUACCUUAAAAUGUUUGAAGUUUUGAGCUGAGAGAAACUGAUUGUGGAGUUAGUUUUAACAUGAUAGUGAGAUUUGCCGAUUCUGGUUGCAUACAAAAAACUAUAAGCUUAAGGUUAGGAAGGUAUUAAAUGACCUACCAGGUUUAGACAUUGUAUUUAAGGGAUCUGAUUUGCCUUUUGACUUGGGAAUAGUCAUUUUAAAAAUAAUAUUAGUGGCAUAAAUUUAUUUGCAAUUCCUGAAAUAAGCAAAUGUUUAAGCCACUAAUAAUUGAUAGUGAUUUUACUGACAGGGAAGCUAAAUCCAUUUCUCAUUUUGUUAAACUCAUGUUCUUAAUAUAAAAUUCUAUGAGCCUAACUCACUAUCAAAAGUGUUAAAUUCUGAGGACAUGGUGGUUUCUAGAAAAGGCACAGGUACUAGUGCUACUUAGUGCUCCCUGGGCAAUCAUUUUUCAUUACAAAGCCUGUAUUGUGAGUUGUGCUUCUGAAUUGUGGCACUCUAAUAUACAUCAAGCAGGAAUAUUUCUAUGGAGUGUAAUGAUGGAGCAGAGAAGGACAGCUGGUGUUUCUGGCUAUGCUACUAGACAUGCCUAUUGUGGAAAGUUAGAUGCAAAAGUGCCCAAUCUCAUCUCCAGUGGAAGUUUUCAAUGGCUGGUAGAAAGCCCAGAGGUCCAUUGGAAUGAAAUCUAUCCCCACAGUUCUUUCUGUCCUGCUUAAUUUACAAUUAGAAAGUGUAUUCCAACCUGAGGAGCUUAAGAUCCUUUAAUUAUUAUGAUCUAAUAAACUUCUUUGUUAAGUAAAAGAUGCUCAGAUCUUGUCAAAGAGUUUGGAAAUUUGUUGUAACUUUGGGAACUACAAUAGAUCACUUCCAUUGAAUGUGUUUUCUCUCCAUAUAAACUUGCAUUGUUUUCCCCCAUGCGAUUAGUUGCAUUCUUUUACCACAUUAAAUUAAUUGGCAUUUUUAUGUACUGUCUUG